UAACUCAAAAAAACUCCAUAAAAAAACACUUGUUUUGCUUCGGAUUAAAACAAAAUGCAAAAAACACAACGCUUAAUCUUUCAAAUUAAGAGAGGAAGAUUUAAAUUUCUACGUAGACAAAUGAGUGAUUGAGUUUCUUGUUAAAAAAAAUAAGAAAAAAAAAAAAAAUCACAAGAUCCGAGUUGAUAUCCAACGAAAGUUGACCCGAACCUUUCGUUUUUAUAACCGGAUUCAAUCCAAAUAUACCUAUACAUAUAUAUAUUUUUCAAAAAUAUAGAUAUUCAAACUUCACUUUCCUAAUUUCCCUAUAGCCAAACAGGCGGGAAACUUCAGUCAGAUUCAGAGAAACAAACCAAUCAGUGGAGAUGAGAGGCGCCGGUCGCCGCCGUCCAAAGGAAUCUUUCGCAAAAGACCGAAAACCAUCGCCAACUCCCACCGCAGAUCCAUGUCAGUUCCCUGGCGGCGCAAUCGGCCGCGACUCGGACGCCAGCUUCUGCAGCAGCCGCCCUUCCUAGUCCUCCAUCGGGUUCAAACGCCCCUCCGCCGCCGCCCCAGCGGCCUCGGCCACCGAACGCUCCUAUCAACUCUCUGUCAUCAACAAGUACCUCGCCUCUCAGUCCUCCCAGUCUACCUCAAACCCCCACUCCCCUCGGCCAAAGACAUCACCGAAGCCCUAAGGUUUGUUCUCAGUCAACUCGACUGCGCAACGAAAAAACUUGAAGAAGACCUCUUCACAGUCCUCAAAUACCUCAAUUGCCCAAUUAAACUAAAAAAAUCGGUUUUUCAAGCCCCUGGUGCUCCUCACUCUUGGCUGAGCCUCCUUGCCGUGAUCCACUGGUUGGUUCAAAUUGCAAUGUACAACAAUCAUUUAACCGAAAGGUCAAAAAAUCAUUCGAGCUUUGCAAAUAAUUUCACGCUCAAGCAUUCUCUGGAUAGUUACUUGUGUUAUAUUCAAGGGGAUGAUGAUGCAGUGGAUAUACUUGAGCGUGAAUUCACGGAUAAGUUACAACAAGAGAGGGAUUUGGGGCAGAAAACUGUGAAGAUGUUGGAAGACACUGUUAAGGAGUUGGAGGGGUUGAGGUUGGGUCCAUCGCCUAGGGAAUUGCUUGAGAAGGAGAAGGGUGUGUUGGAAGAGGACGUGAAGAAGUUCCACUCAAUGAUUGAGCAGUUGAAUGGACACAUUGUGGCUGUGGAGAAGGUAUUGGAGGAGAAAGAGAAGGAAUUGGAGGCGAAGGUUGGGGAGAACAAGAAGAUAUGUGAGGAGAAUGAAGAGUUGAAGAAGAGGAUAGAGUCGCAGCAUGUUAAUUCGCGAGACGCAGAGAGGAUGAAGAGAGAGUUGCAGGCGGUGGAGAGAGAUAUUACCGAUGCUGACAUGGAGAGGAAUGCUUGGGAGGAGAAGUGCUGGGAUCUUGAUGCCACAAUUGGAGGCAAGUUUAAGGAGCUCCAGGCCCUUUCAAUGGAGUGCAACCAAGCUAUGAGGAGGUUUGUUUGACAUUCCUUAGCUUCAAUGCGUUGUAUUGUUACUUAUCAAAAAAAAAAAAAAAAAAACGUUGUAUUGUUAAAAUUGGAUUGUUUGACAUUCCAAUGUAAAUGUGAUUAAUCUCAUCAUAUGUACUUGUGAUUGUGUUUUAUAAUACACUUUACUAUAAUUAUUGCUGACAUUUUAUGUUUAAUUUACAUAGAUGAUUGGUUCAUUUUAUUUUAUUUA